AAAAUUGCUUAAUUAUAAACAUAAUAUACCUCAAUUUGUCCAAUUUGAAGAUAAUUUCGCUCAAGUUGCAACGAAAUUAGAAUUAAUUUGUUCUGCUAGGUUAUGCCGGUUUAUCAUCCACCACAAGAAAAUAAAUAAACAAAAUAUACUUGAGGAAAUACUAUUUUGAAAGAAAAAAUGGACGAAGCUUUGGUAACACCUUGUGCAUUUAAAGAAAAAUUUGCGAAGCAAAUUUAUCGAGUUGAAUUUUCCCCCUACGAAUGGUCCCAACACUUGAUUUGCAUAGCACUGGAUCAGGAGAUUAUUGUAGGCACAGUAAAAUUUCAGGAAGACGAUGACGUUACGGAAGAUGUUGUUUACACUCUUCUAAGAACAUUUCAUCACGAAACGAGAGUCCACGCAAUCGCCUGGAGUCCGGAAACAUCACUUACACUAGUUCCAAAAGUUGUUUCUUUCUGCGUGGCUGGUGCUGACUUCAAAAUUAGACGAUACAACAGCAAUUUGAGUGACGAAAAUACUUACGAGAUUUUAGAUGGACACAAGGACUAUGUGAAUGCCAUUUCUUACGAACCUGAGGGCGACCUAUUGGCAUCAGUUUCCGAUGAUCAUACUUGUAAACUGUGGGCAGUAAAGGAAGAUGAACAGAAAUGUAUUUCGACAUUUUGUCUCAAUUCACCGGGUGUCAGUGUCUGCUGGCAUAAUGAGGAAUCCGGAAAGUUACUCGUGGCGGAGAAAAAUGGAUUGAUUCGAAUGUUCAAUGUGAGAAGUCAACAGGCAAUUAUGUCCCUUGACGCUGGAACCGUUCCUCUAUCUUCAGCCGAUUGGGGUCCAAAUCCUCUGAAAGUCGUGUGCUUGGGUGCCGGAGAACUUUUACUCUGGGACGUAUCUCGGCCGAGCCGACCAGUGGAAAGUCGAAAUCUACACGUGGAAGGUGGAAUAAUGGUAAAGUUUUCUUUUGCAAGUGAAAAUAUUGUGGCGAGUAUAGGACGGCCGGACAAUCUUUUGAAAAUCACGAAUUUAAGUACAAAACAAGUGAUUCUUUGUGGAAAGAUUAAACUCUUUGGUGGAAUGUCAUGGCAUCAAAGAUUGCCCUACGUUUGUGUGGGAAACGAUAGAGAACUUCAGUUUUGGAAGAUAAACAAUAAGUAGCAAUUAGAAAUAUUUAAAAGCUCAAAUACAGCUUUUAAUAAAAAUAGGAAAUGAAAAUAAAUUGUCGGAUCUUGCUAUACAUUUUUUUUAUAACAGAAAAGAUCAAAUUAUCUAUAACAAGUGAAAAUAUAUUUGUUGACUUAAUUUUGAUUGUUUGAAAUUAGUCAACUUGUAUUCAAUGAAAUUUAAUAAUGUUAAUUAAAAAAUGUAAGCCAGAGCUACUAUUUAAGAUUAUAUAAUUAUAUAUUUCUUUUGAUAUUUCAAACGUCGCGCUCGAACUGAUGCGCAGAAAAUUUGUACACAUUUAACAAUUUGAGGAAAUAAAAAAUGCCUUUUCUAAAA